AGAUCAAUGUUUACAUUCACGCACCGGCGUCUACUCCAAAUUUACCUGAAUUUUUUAGUAUAGAUUUUAGAAUCUAAUCUAUUAUCUAGAUCUAGUCUAGAUCUAUAGGUCUAGAUUAUAUUCUUGUAUUGUAGAUCUAGACUUAUCAUUGAAUCCGUUUAGAUUUAGAGUCCACUGUUCAAUCGUGAGUCGAUUGCUCACCGAUUCGCAGGCCGAGUUACCAACCAGAGUUGACUAGUGUCUUAGAGUGUCUAGAGUCUAGUGACUCUAGUGACACUCUAGUCUGAACCAGCAGGCAUUGCCAGCAACUCAACUGACAACACUUACACUGUGCAGUGUUGCAGCUCAACACAGUGAAGAUUGAACCUGAAUAAAAUCCUUUUUGAUUAUUUAAAUGUGCUGCUUAUAUCAACUUAUUUGACCGAAGGACGUUACAACCCAAUAAUUGCAAUUUAAAAAAAUGCUUGCUGAGGAUAUCAAGGCAAAAAGCUUUCAGGCAACAAUUGCAGCUGGUGAAUUCUCUAAACUUUACUUUGAAACUUUUGACAAGAGAAGACAGGCUAUCAUUAAAAUGUAUCAGGAGAAGGCAACUUUAGUGUGGAAUGGCCAUUACGUUUCUGGUGCUGAUGAAAUAAUGAAAUUUUUUGACAAACUUCCACAGUCAGAAUACACUGUCGAAGGCAUGGACACCCAGCCGAUUUUAGCAGACACAGUAAGUAAAGGGAUCAACUCAAUCAUUGUAACAGUCUUUGGAAAAGUCAAGUUCAAAGAAUCGGAAAAGAAAGUACCAGAGAGCAAAGUCUUUGCGCAAACAUUUAUAUUAUCAGCUCAUGACAACAAAUGGAAAAUUGACAGUGAUAACAUGAGGUUUAUGGAUUAAUAAAACACAUGUACAUAGUC